AACGGUUUCAAUGAUGAACGAAGAAGACUCCUUUCGUCAUAACGUAUAGUAUAGGGAAAAACGUGUUCUAAGAGGCUGCUUUUGUCGUGGUUAAAAUUGAUAAGGGUAUUGCCGUUAACUUGAUCGGUAAAGUACCAUACCCGGACAAUGUAUUCAUGCGAUAAAUGACGUGCUUCAUUGGACCCGUCUACCGACCGCCAUUUUAACCCGAGCUCCAAAGUUCGAUUUCGGAGUCCGUGCCAAAAAUGGAUGUGACCCCUACUAAUCUACUGGAGCAACGUAAUGCGAUGAAGUCCCAAUUAGAAAAGUGCAAGAAACAGCGUGACCGACUCCUGGAACUCAGCAACAGCUCUGCGACAGCAUAUGAAACCGUUGUGAAGGAACUCUAUGCCUUUCUGGGAUGGAAAUACACGGACACCGAUUCCGAUGACGACGUCAUCGAAAUAAGUGAUGGAAUCUCCCGUUCACCGUCCUAUGCGUCUGAGAUAGAUGUUUGCAAUACUCCGAGAAGCGACAGCCCUAUACCAAACAACUACUUGAGUGACAUUGACAGCCAAGUCACUUUAACGAGAGAGGCAACGAAAGUCUUGAGCAAAAUGAGCAAAAGCGAAAUACCUGGGAAAAAUCCUGCCGAUCGUGACACGAGUAAACACUCAAGUCCCCUUCCAUCCAAGUCAAGUCCCCUUCCAUCCAAGUCUGACACACACGACUCCGAUUUUGGUUCACCCGAGUUUGAGAACAGUGCAAGCCAUUCCGUAUUCGCAGAGGAGCCGUCACCGAAGAAAAGGCGACGUAUCCCAAAUCACCAUAGUGACAGUAACCACUCAAGUCCCGUUCCAUCCGAGUCCGACACAUACACCUCCGACUUUGAUGACAGUGCAAGCGAUUGGGUAUUUUUAGAGGAGCCGUCACCGGACAAAAGGCGACGUAUGAAAAUUAAAUGGCCUAUAAAUACAUCUCCCAGGAAAGCAUCGGGACCGCCGGUGGACAAAAAGAAGAAGGAUGCAAAAACAUCACGUCAAACUAGAGCAGUUACAAAUGACACUGGCGGCAACGCUAAGACCCCGGAUACACCAAACUCCUCAAGUGAGACCAGCCUAGGGAGCACUGCAAGCACCAGUAAGACCAUUGAAAAGAACACAAAGCGCAAAAGCAACUCAAGUGAAAGCAACUCCGUGGGCAAGACAAAGGCAACUGGACCAGAUGAUGGAAAAGCAAAGAAAAAUGAUGUCCAGCCGUCUCCCCAAGUUCAAAGUGUGGUGUAUAUAUCGUCAAGCUGCAUGUCCAGCGAGCGUUCUUGUAAGGUGCCCGCACGAGUGCCACAAGCCAAGAUUAAAGUCGGAAUGGGAGUGUUGGCCAAGAAGUCGAAAAUGUGGUGGCAGCGUGGGAAAGUGCGGGAAAUGAUCAAAGUUGCUGAUAAGGUCCAAUAUUUGGUCCAAUUUUACGACAAGACCAGCCGCCUGGUCUCGGCGCACCACCUGGCUUUCAAAAACGCACCCAAGUUGGACUACUUGUACGUCGGCGCCCGAGUGGUGAUCGGCUCCAAGUCCGAGGGCCACCUCCGCGCCGGCAUUUUGGCCGAGUUUCCCAUCAGAAAGAACCGUCAGAGGUAUCUCCGAUGCGUGUCGCGUAGCGACAAAAGUCGGAUCCGUUUGAUUCCUCCGUUGUUUAGGUUUCUGGCCUUUGGUGACGAUCAAACGGCGCUGUAUGUGGGCAUGCCUCAUCUUCAUCUGGUGUGCGCACCACUGGAGGACCCUUUGGAAGACAUCAGUGACACUUACCACAGGGAAUUUGUGAAGGAAUACAUCAAGGUCUGGCCUUACCCUCCCCUUGCCCAGGUCAAGUGUGGACAAAGCCUGAACGUGGAGCUCGGUGGAGUUCAGGAGAGCUGUGUGGUUCAGUCGCUCGACUGUAGCCUGAUGGAGAUCCGCUUUGUGGAAAGUCUACGUGAGGAAUGGAUCUACAGGGGCUCGUGGCGCCUGGAAAUCAUGGCUAAAAUGAAGCAGUUCCAUACAGACUCUUAACUCAUGUCGCUGGACAAUGAAAGGCACGCGUGCCCUGUGACCAGCACUCGCCUUCAUCAAAGAAAUCGACUUCCGCUUGAUUGUAAGAUGGAAAGGACGAUACAACGCGUGUCAAUGUAGUCUAGUUCUACCCUUAUUCGUGAAUGGAAAAAAAAAUCAAUGCUGGAAUCAUUUUUACAUCCCAAUUCAUUUCAGUAACCAAAUAGUUCUCUCAUGUUUCCUUCUAUGAUGGAGUGUUGCGCCGCCCGUUUGUAUUGUUACAUAUUAUUUCCCGAAUAAAGUUCUGUUUACGCUCCUCA